AUGCAGAGCCCUUUCUUGUCAUACAGCCAGCAACAACAACAAUUGCAACACCUGCAACAGCAGCAGCAACAGCAACAGCAGCAACAAACUGUUAUAGGCGUCAACCGAUCUAGUCCCAUCGCCAUCUCUCCAGUACCCUAUCAUAAUUAUGAUCAUUCCUUAACCUCCCGAGAGCAAUAUUCCAGCUAUAAUAAGAAUCAAACCAGUGGGAACAUACCCCGUGGAAAUUAUAAUCCAAUCCCCAUCGCUCACUCCCUAAACACAUCGUCCACGACUACUGUAUCGAGUGUUUUUUCAAGUCAAAAUGCAAACACCCAAGCUCAAUACGUAUCGGGAAUAUCUUCGGAUUAUGACUUACAGAUUAAGGAAAUUGAGGAUUAUUAUCUCUCUGACAUCCUAAAGAAUUCUUCCAUAAAGGAUACCUUGAUAACGUCAACCAAUAGUAAAGAUAUCUGGCAAUACAAUCCAAACUCGCUUGUUGAUGAACAAUCAUUACCAGUAUUUGUAAACACGCCUGCUAGUUCCACGUCUUUUGCUCAUAAUAAUAAUAAUUCUCCGUUUGUGUCGCGUGACACAAAUAAUUUCUCCGCGGUGUCGCCAUUAUCUCCGUCGGCUUUACCUGCGUUGACGUCGGAGAAUUUGAGUAAUCAUAAUAUCACCAAUAUAAAAUCACCUGCUGUACCUAAGGGCUCCACAUCGUCAAAUACCAAUAUUAGUAAUCGUAAUAUCAAUAAACAAUUAUUUAAGACAGAAUUAUGUGAGACUUUCACUACAAAGGGUACUUGCAAAUAUGGGAACAAAUGUCAAUUUGCUCAUGGAUUGCAUGAAUUGAAUUUCAAAAAUAUUAGUUCCAAUUUCAGAACCAAACCUUGUAACAAUUGGGAAAAACUAGGGUAUUGUCCGUAUGGGAAAAGAUGCCAAUUCAAGCACGGUGAUAAUACUGAUAUUAAGAUAUACAUCAAUGCUGGGAAAAUAGCUAACCCUCCUGAACAAAGAAAAAAGAAAGUCAAUCCAAACGUGAAAAACCUGGAGCGUAUCAAAUGGUAG